UUUUGUCCCUUUUGGUGCUCUCGACACGCAUCAAGGCGCAUCUUGGACUAGCAAACUUUGCUCACAGAGAUACAGAGAUCUAGAGGAUCCAUGUGAAGCAUCAUGAAUCGACUUCGGAAGCCUGGAUUCUUGAAAGUUUUCGAAGUUACAGCUGAAAAGGAUCAUUGUCGCUUACUUGAUACCGAAGACGAAUCAUGUCUCACUGUAAAUGACGAAACUCUACGAUUUCGCCCGCCAGGGCUUGGGGGAGAGUCUGGGGAAAGCGAAAAAGACAGCGUCACGUCGCAUCAGCGAAGGAAAAAUCGAUCACAACUUCGAAAACAGACAGAACAGAAUAGUCUGGGCGGGAAGAUGCUAGCAAAGGAAGUGAGAAAACAAGUGCAGAGAAAGGGAGAAAUGACCAGUGAAGAUCGAGAAGUUCCUCGAGAUGUGAAUACGGAUAUGCAUGCAGUAUUGGUCCAUGUUCAUGAGGGCCGUGACCAUGAAGCAACGCAACGUAAAGAGAAAGAUCCUGAGGGAAUGGAGACACGUCAUAAACAGACCGCAAUUCCAACAUUUCUUAAACCGAAAGAGAUUAGAUCAUUGGAGCCAACAAUGACCCCACGAAAUCCAAACCUGGCUCGUAGAUUCUUUUCUCGACGAAAUCUUAAAGAAAUGAAUAGCAUAGAAUUGGACACGGUAAAACCUGAAAUGGAAGUUGCUGUAAAAGAGAUCUUAGGCGACGACAACGUGACCUUUUCACAAAUUGUUCUAGAAGAGGUCGUCCCUGAUCUCAAACUACAUACUGAAGAGCUGAAGAAUUUGAACAUCGAGAAAUCGCCGACUAACUGUAAAACAGAUUCUUUGGGCGCCUCCUCCCAGACAGACCACAGUAUAAUAAGAAUCGCAGAGACGAGAGAUAUAGUGAUUGAAGAAAGUGAAACAUCGCGCUCUGGAUCGCAAAUCGGGUCUAAAAAAUCAUCGGACCUGUAUCUUUCUAGCCUACCAGAAAAACAGUUUGACCAGCGCCACGUUGAGGAGCAUUGCAAGAACGGGAAUGCAUCUCCAAUACUGAAAAGCUCUAAUAAAAUUGAAGGAACUACGGAAGCGAAAGCUAAAGCAAAGUUAACAUUGGCAAACAUCUGGGAGAAAAGAACCAAACAUGAGUCGAAGGAAGCUGUUGAUCCAACUCACUCAUGUCGUCGCAAAAUUGCAAGAGGCACCAGUACACGGUGCGGGAACGAAGCUAGAGCAACGAGAAGAUCUGACUCUGUUGUUCGGGUGUCAAUGGAAGCGACGAAGACAGCUGGGGCGGUGUUGACUGUCACAAAUUCCGGAAAAGGGCAACCAUUGUUGCAACAAAGAUUGUCAGAAUCAGAACGGGACUUGAUUGACAAAGCGAACGUCUUCGGAAAUCUUCUUGGAACAUCAGUUAGUCCCUUCUAUUCUCCGUCAAACUGCUUGAUCGCUUCCGACAAUGAUUCGAGGCUAGAAAAAGAUCAUGGCCAUCGCUUGCUGGCGAGGCCGUGCUCUGACAAUAGUAUGAUUCGAUCUCAGAGUAGCAAAGUGGCAAAAAAUGACUUAUUCAUUCAAAAGUCGGGUCUGAACCUUAGUUUGGAGGCGGACAAAUUGUGUGUAUUCAGUCCAAAAGAAGGUGCUCCUCUCCGAUCAUUGAAACCCAAUGAAGUUGGAAGAAAGCCUACUAUCGACAAAAGCCUGCGUGUCCAGGCUAAGAAAAAUGUACGUAAGCGACUUUCAAAAUUGUCAACUUCAUGCCCCUCUUCAGCUGAGAAUUUAGUCGCAGCUGGUGAUACAGCUUCUUCUGAGAUCUUGCCAUUGGAGGGUGCUGACAGCGCUGCCGGAUGUGGCUUUCACAACAUCCUAGCAUCUGACACAGAGCUUGACAAAAUGCGCUAUCGCAAAACGAAGCUAGAGCACCAGAGAGACUCCAAAAGCGUUCUACCGGAAUCGACCAUGGCGACUAGUAUGUGUACACUACCACAUGUACCCGUCUCGAGAGAACUAACUCCGUCAAAGCUACCAAAAGAUUGUUUGAUGCGUUCUAGCCGCCUUGCUGAACGCACAGUAGCAGAAAGCAGUGCUGUGAUCUCUUGGAAAAGAUCCAAUACUCUGGGUUGCGACCCUUCCAGCAACAAUUUUGGUGUAUCAACCAAUUUUAGAGCCGUACCGAAGUCUGCAUCUACUCGCCGAGUGUCUCUUGGAGCCAGCUCUUCAAUUCGCAGGACAUCGCUAGGGGGUAGCCCUUCGUCACCACGACGACAAUCGCUUGGAGUUGGAUAUGGCGGAGCGCAUAUGGCCAGGAGUCCUACGCGCGGUCGGCAUAAAAGGAAAACAUGUCUAAGUCUAGGCCAAAGUGUGCCUGAGACACAAGGCAUGUCUAUACAAUUGGUGAACGCAUACCGGGGUUGUGGCAACGAAGCGAGUUCCAGUCUUCCAGUGACCGUUGAGGCCACGAAGAGCAAGAAUCAGCAAACCGCAAGUGUAAAUUUUGCAGAGAUUCCAGAUAUAACCGAAUUGCGCGACAAAUUAUCCAUUGACAUUAAGAAGGCAAAAGAAGGCACAACUCAGCUGCAUCGUAACAGAGAAACUUGUUCUGACACUGCUUUUGACAACGACUGUGGUAAAAUCAAGUCAACAGACGAAGUGGAAUCGAAUCGCCAUUGCUCGCUAGCGACAGCUAUCGAGGAAGGGAUGUGUAGCUUGGAACGCACUCUCUCGACAAUUGAAACAUAUAUUGCCGAAGCUGCCCCAACGGAUCUAAGGCUUGAUACAGUAGACGACGAAUACACUGCAGUGACUACUACAGAGAACCUCGUUGGAGAUAAAAUGAAUGAUUCUGGUUCCUCUGGAGCUAGCUGUAAGCGAGGGACCCACACUUUUGGACGAAGCGAAACCGAUGAUGAUCGCAACGACACUAGCUGUAAAGAGGUGAAUUGUCCUUUGCAGAAAAAAGAAUCGAACCCAGGAGGUUCUUUAAAGUUUCCGAUUCUCCUGGCUGAGAUUCCCUUUGUUUCUAUCAACGGAGAAAGCUCCGUCUUUGAUCAAGGUUACAGAGCCAAGCACGAUGAAAGUGACGUUCUCGACCGAGAUUUUGAAAAAGUUCGGCGCACCGAAGAAUAUUCGCGCCUUACUCUAGAGUUGAACGAAUCUAACUUUCUACUACAAGAAGCGCGUCUUCAGGUGAAACAGCUCGAAGGGAAGACUCAUUUUGUUCGCGAAAAAUUGGAUAUACUACAGCAGAAGUAUCCUGAUUUGAGGGCAUCGAGUCCAUUAAAAUGAAUGUCGUGACAAGGCUCCAACCGUUUACAAAUUAAAUAUCAGUUAAGCUAGUCUUUGGUUUU